UCUAAAGGGGGGGACUCAGUGGAAAGGGUGUGCCUGCUCUUUUCCAUACAGAUUUGUGUUCAUCAAUGGCGUAGGGGAUCUCAUGAGGUCACUGGGCUCUCGCAAGUGGGGAGAAAAAGGGAGAUCUAGGAACGACUUAGUGGCCCACCUUUUCUCCCUUUUUUUUCCCCACAAGGACGAGCUCAUGGAUUGAAGAAGGAAAGUGAUUCUGCAUUGGGUCUCAAAUCUUGGGGAAGAUCAUGAGGCUUCUUUUCAAUGCACGUUUGGAGAGGAUGAAAAAGUAGAUUAAUAAAUUCUAGGUUAUUGCGAUGAUACUUGAGGAUGAGUGGACUUCUUUUUAUAUCAGAGAAAUGCAACAACCUUCUAACUUCAGCAAAACGCCACACAAUCCGUGGGCAUCCUCCUUGGCAUGGGUGGUGGCCAAUCAUCUUCAGUGAGCCUGGGACCCUGUGUACAGUAUUACACAACAGUAACUGUGCAAAAGAUUUGGUAUCUAGAGCUGAGCCCCAGCGCCCAAACUGGCGAUCGGUGGUCAAGAGCAACAGAAGGAGCCAUGGAGAUUGGCUCUCCUUAAAAGACUACUAGUGGAUGUGGAUCACAGCAGCCAGAGAGAAGAAAAGGUAUAUGUUAAUCCGGCUUUCCUUAGCUCCAGAAUCCAUAGUCUCACCAAGAUCUUCUCCUCCAUUGGCUGUUAGCGCGUAUUAACAGUACCUUACUGAACUCCAUGCUUGCUAUUGAGAGUAGAGAGGGAGAGCAGGUGAAAAAAGAUCACAUGGACCUCUUUUAAGGACAGUCUUUGGAAGCAGGAAAGAGUGUGCAGUGUGAUCUUGUAUUGUCUUUGCCCCUUUCCUUUGGCAGGAGAGCCUUGCAGUCAUGCACUUGCCCAGUUGUCCUCUUUCUCUGUCCUCAUUUAUAUUGUGCGGGUUUGUUUCAGCUGUUUUCCCUUCAGGGAGGAGGAGAGAGACAGAGCUAUGCUCCUAGGAGGGGGAGAGAGGAGAGGGGUUGAAGAUCAUGGUGACCUUUUUUUGGGUAUGUGACAGCUUCUUCCUUUAGUCUUUUAGGCUUCCUUUUAUCUCCUCUUCCUCAUGAAACCCCUUUCAAAACCUCAUAUCGCCCUCAUCAGCUGAUCAGCGAGUGAGUGCCUCCUCCUCCUUUAAGAACCCUCUUCCCUGCCCAUCCUUUUUCUUCAUCCCCUCAACUUUGCCUAAAAGGCAAGAACAAAGCCAUAUGAUUCUCUGAUACCUUCUUCCAAGCUGCAUCACAAUACAACACAUUGUGGUGACACCAAGAUAAUAUAUCACACAUCAUCUCUUCUUCUACCACCCUCUAUAUUCUUGCAAGAAACAGCUGUGGAAGGAUUACUCCACGCCAUGGAGAUUGCCAUGGUCUGCACAAGAGUUAACCUACUCAUCCUCGUCCUCUCCCUCUGCUCCCCAUACAAGUUCAUACAGAGCCCCAUGGACUUCGGCCCUUUGAACCUGCUUCCCACCACCACCACUGCAUCUAGUGACUUCGGUAGAAUCCUCUUCCACUCCCCAUCUGCAGUGCUAAAGCCCCAAGCUCCAAGGGAUAUCUCCCUGCUUCUCAGCUUCCUCUCUGCCUCACCUCUUGGCAUGGUGACAGUGGCAGCCAGGGGAGCAGGUCAUUCCAUUCAUGGACAGGCCCAGGCCCUUGAUGGCAUUGUGGUGGAGAUGACCUCUCUGCCUUCUGAGAUUGAAUUCUACCGAGGAGGAGAAGGAGAUGUUUCUUAUGCUGAUGUGGGUGGUGGAACUAUGUGGAUAGAACUUUUGGAGCAGAGCCUCAAGCUUGGCUUAGCUCCAAGGUCUUGGACUGACUAUCUUUAUCUCACCAUCGGUGGAACUUUGUCCAAUGCUGGCAUCAGUGGGCAGACAUUCAAGCAUGGACCUCAGAUUAGCAAUGUUCUACAGCUGGAAGUAGUCACAGGUAGGGGUGAGAUUGUGACCUGCUCACCCAUCAAGGAUGCAGAGCUAUUCAAUGCUGUUCUAGGAGGCCUCGGGCAGUUCGGCAUCAUUACUAGGGCAAGGAUCCUGCUGCAGGAAGCUCCACAGAAAGUGAAGUGGGUGAGGGCCUUCUAUGAUGAUUUCGGCACCUUCACCAAAGACCAGGAGUUGCUGGUGUCAAUGACCGAUUUGGUGGACUAUGUGGAAGGUUUCAUCGUCUUGAAUGAACAAUCCCUUCAUAGCUCCUCCAUUGCCUUCCCUGCAAAUGUGGACUUCAACCCAGAUUUUGGCACCAAGAACAGCCCUAAGAUCUACUACUGCAUAGAGUUUGCUGUUCAUGAUUACCACAACACGAACAUCAAUGUGGAACAGGUCGUGGAAGUCAUCUCAAGGCAGAUGAGCCACAUAGUAUCCCACUUGUAUAGCGUGGAGGUGUCCUACUUUGAUUUUCUCAACAGGGUUAGGAUGGAGGAGAUGAGCCUAAGGAACAGUGGUCUUUGGGAGGUGCACCAUCCAUGGCUCAACAUGUUUGUGCCAAGGGCUGGGGUUAGUGACUUCAAGGACCUGCUCAUGGACAGCAUCUCACCGGAUAGCUUCGAGGGCCUCAUCCUCAUCUACCCACUCCUCAGACACAAGUGGGACACCAACACGUCGGCCGUCCUGCCGGACACCGGGUCGACGGAGCAGGUAAUGUACGCGGUCGGCAUCCUCCGCUCGGCGAACCCCGACGACGGAUGCUCCCACCACUGCCUCCAGGAGCUCCUCCUCCGCCACCGCCACGUCGCCGACGCCGCCGCCGCGGGCCUCGGCGCGAAGCAGUACCUGGCGCACCACCCGACCCCGGCCAGCUGGCGCCGCCACUUCGGCCGGCGGUGGGAGCGGUUCGCGGAGCGCAAGGCCCGGUUCGACCCGCGGUGCAUCCUCGGGCCAGGCCAGGGCAUAUUCCCCAGCAGCGCCAUCAUCAAUGGAGAGCAUGGAAGCUAUAGCUGACAGCAGAAAGCGCAGCGCUGUGACAGCUGCUGGUCCAGUAGAUUGUAGGCAGAGGCGACUAGGAUGGGAGGAUCUUGUUGCUCUUUCUUUCUUUUCGAUAGCCUUUUCUGCUUUGUUUUCCUCGGCCUUUUUUUUUUUGUUUUGAUCCAUCGUUUUGGGUUGCUAUGGUUGGCGGGUGAAAUUGAGCGGAUGCUCGGUGAUCAUAUCACCGUCGUCACUGGGAAUUUUUUGGAACUUUGUACAGGCUGAGGAAGCAAAAGAAACAGCUCUAGGGGAAGGAUCAAGGAUAGGGGAUAGCGAUUCUAUUUCGAUCUGUACUCCAUUCCAUGUUCGAUCUUGCCGCCAUUAAUUGCUCUCACCCCCACCUCCACACUCCACCCUCCCAGUGCGUUGUGCUUUUAGCUCGUUUCGUUUGUUCGCACAAACUGACGCCACUUUGGUUAACCAGCGUAUCUUUUUCUUUGUCAGGCUAGUGCAGAAUUGUGGCGUUG